ACUGAGGCUUUUUUUAACGCUACCUCUUUUUCUGUGGCAGUAAUGUGUUACCGUCUAUUCUUAGUCAUUGUUUUGUGAAACUAGCAUUUGAGCAUAAAUGACAAAGAAUCUACUUUUAAGAACAAGACAUUUUUUUUCUAACAAAACAAUAAAAUAUUUAGUUUUUUGUAAACCUUUUCACAAUUUUCUCUUUUUUGGUCUGGCUCUGUCUAAAUAUAACUUGUAUGAUGGUGACAAUAACUUGGUCCUGUUGUCGUUGGCAGAUCCGUUCAGCUGGGAGGACUAUCUGAGGGAGACCUCCUCCACUGCAGCAUCACCUUCCUGCUUUAAACAGGCCAGAAUCCCUCCCUCCAAUGACUUCAAAGCAGGAAUGAAGCUGGAAGCUCGGGAUCCUCGCAACUCCAACUCAGUGUGCAUCGCCACGGUGAUGGGCAUGAUGGGAACACGGUUGCGGUUACGUCUGGAUGGCAGUGACAACACCAACGACUUUUGGCGGCUGGUCGACUCUUUGGAGAUCCAACCCAUAGGAACGUGUGAAAGGAACGGGGACAUGCUGCAGCCACCACUGGGUUUCCGGAUGAAUGCGUCCUCGUGGCCCAUGUUCCUCCUGCGUACGCUUAGUGGUGCAGAGAUGGCCCCUGCUUCUGCCUUUAAGAAGGAACCACCCAGCCCCGCUAAAAACUACUUUCAGCCUGGCAUGAAACUGGAGGCGGUGGACAGAAAGAACCCUUAUCUGAUUUGCCCCGCCACAGUGGGAGAGGUCAGAGGUCAGGAGAUUUUUGUCAUGUUCGACGGCUGGCGAGGCGCCUUCGACUACUGGUGUCCCUACGACUCCAGAGACAUCUUCCCCGUGGGCUGGUGUGCUCUGACCAAACACAGUUUACAGCCACCUGGAAAUUUCUUUACCCUCCCAGGCGCUCUCCUCUCCCCGGUUUCUACCACCUCAGCAACACGUCGCUCCUCUUACAGCUCCUCCUCCUCCAUGCAGACCUCGUACCGACUGCCCCAUCCCUUGCCGCCCCUCCCUGUCCGCAAGGGCGUGCGAGGUCGUCGUCCUAAGUCCCAGACCAUAGCUUUGUUGAAGGCAGCAGCUGAGGCUGCAGCGGCGGCAGCAGCAGUAAAUGGAUCAUCGCAGAGCCAAGUGAACACCAGCUCUGAGACUCAGCUGACCCCCAGACCACACAAGAAGAGAGGGCCCAAGCCUAAGGGCAAGAAAAAGCCCUUGGUGGGGCAAUCCCUGGGGGCGUCGCCAGAAACAACCCCACCUCCAGAAACCAGACUGAGCGCCAGCCACGUCUCUGUGGACAACAGUCUGAGCAACAGCUCAAAUGUAGUUUGCACAGUGUGUGUCUAUGUUAACAAGCAUGGUGACAACGGGCCGCAUCUCGACCGAAAGUUGGUGCAGCAGCUGCCGGAUCACUUCGGUCCUGCUCCGGUGAACGCAGUGCUCCAGCAGGCGGUCCAGGCCUGCGUGGACUGCACGUUCAAACCCUCCGUGCUGCUGCUCUUCCUGCAGAGCCAGUCUCACACGGGGGGAGAGGUCAUCAGAGUUCGGUCGGAGCACGGCAUCCGUUAUGUGAAGCUGCCCUCUGUCUCCAGUGCGUCUUCGGUCCUGCGGUUCUUAGAGAACAUGUGCCAACAUCUGGAUAGUGACAGUCUGUUCAGCUCUCAGCCAUUUAGCCCCUACAGCAACAACGCACGCUUCUACAGCAGAACCAAGUCAGAACCAUCAUCCGUCACUGAGAACGGCCUCUCUAAAGACAACCCCUCCAAGGAUGGGACUCCCAGCGCCCGCCCCCAUCACAACACACUGGACUACAGAGCGGCCAAACGAGAGCGAGCGUAUUACCCCGGACACACACAAACGCAGCCCCCCCUUCAGCGAGUCAACUCCAACCCAACUGAAGUCAGCCCAAUUAGUACUUACAGAAGAGUGGAGGCAGCCAGCUCAACAACAGGUCCAGACCACAUGAAACAGGACAAAGAAAGUUUGGGCAACAAUGCUUCUUCAUGGACAGUUGAUGAUGUCAUCCGGUUUGUUCAGGAAGCAGAUCCUCAGACUCUCGGCCCACACAUCGAGCUGUUCAGAAAACAUGAGAUCGACGGCAAGGCCCUGAUGCUGCUGCGCAGUGAUGUCAUCAUGAAGUACAUGGGCCUAAAGCUGGGCCCGGCGCUCAAACUGUGCCAUCACAUCGAAAAGCUGAAGCAGGCCAAAUAGCUGCAGUGCUCUUUUCUCGCUGGCUACCAAACACACCGCCCAUCAUUCUGCAGGGACAUAAAGCGACAUAAAUCCACUCUGGCCAUGUCUCUGCUACUUUGUAUGACAAGGACUGUGAAAGUAGAAGGACACUGUUCAUUUUGAGAGCAGUAAAUGGAGGAUUUUGGUAGAACAGAAAGCUGGAUAGAACAAGAAAAAACAUUGUAAACCUUCACAGUACAAUUUCACAGUUCAAGCAACAUAUCAGAAGUUAUGUUAGUAUAUGGAUUUCCUUUUUAUUCUAUAUUGAAAAGGCUCGUAACUGCCAUAAACACAGUUUCCUGUUUAUAAUGUAUGGACCAGAUACAUAUGAAUUUACAGCGUACACAACUAUAGCUUUCAUCAGAUAUCUGGUCCUAAGUAUACAUUGUUUUGAAUGUUUUUCAUUAUUUACAGCCUUGGACAAAUUUACACGAAAAAAAAAGAAACACCUCACGUUUAGCCUUUUCUGUUUUUCAAAAACUGUUGGUUUGCCUAGUCUGCAUUUCAGGAUGGACGCACAGCACUGAAGACUGGGGAAGUUAGUUCAGGUAUCAGUAGUGAAGGCCACACUGUGUCAUUUUAUCAAUGCAAUAAAAAGACUUGUUUAUUGACUGCCUCACGUUACAGGUAGUUUUGGAACCUGGUGAGAGUGUGUGUGGUUAUGAACAGGCACUGAAUGACAGGAUUGUGUGAAUUGAAGAUGCUGGAAGGUUUCAUUUAAGAAGGUUUUGGAAAAUGUUUGCUAAAAUCAAUCAUUAGACGAAUAUAUCUAAGUUCAAAAUUUUGUUUUUGGAGAGUAGCUUUUUGAUUUUAUUGGUGUAAUUUGCUCGGGAAUCCAGACAAAAUGUUUCUAAAGAUUUUUUAUUGUUAGUUAUGCCGGUCUGCAUCGCACAUAACACUUGUUUGACAGACACUGCUUGGUUCACAAUUGUUUCUUUUCCUAGCCCGCACAGACACUGACUGGAUACUUUUAAAUGUUCGACUAAAAGCAACAUUUUGACAGUCACAUUUCAGAGCUGUACAAAAAAUGGCUACUUUCUGAUUUAUAACACGAAGAAGAAGAGUUUUUGUAUAAAAUAAAGCUAAUGCAUCAGUUUUUAUAUUAAUUUUAUUACUAUUAUAAAGUGUCACUGCUUUUUCUUUCUGGUUAAAAUCAUUUCAGUCAAUGUAUCAGACAAACAACCUGCAGGAGGGAAUCAUGUUUCACAGUGUUGAUCUGUUUUAGUGACAGAAAUGCCUAUUUUCUGAACAUUUCAGAAUCAUUAUUAAACAAACUCUUGUCUGCUGUAGCUACACUUCACAUUGUUGCUUUCUUGUAGUGGUAACAAGUUCUUACUUGAAUCUUGUAUUGCUUUAAUAUGAAACUCAGGUUUUAGAAAAGUUUUCUUUUGUUCUUUUAGGAAUGUUUGACAUCCUUGCAUUUUGUGUUUAUUACUACAACAUAGAGGGACUGCACGAUAACUAUGUACAUUUUUGAUGCCUUGUUAUCGAUUGCUAUGUAGCAUUUCAUGUGUAUCUAUACAACUUUUUACUGUAAGUUGGGUAAAUUUGUUUGUUAACUAUGUUUGCUAUGCAUUCACACAAAUAAACCUUUGUUUUCAGGA